UUCGAUCAGCUGUUUCUAUUUACAUUCUGAUUUUGUUAAUUUGUCUGCAGGCUAUUAGUUAAAAUAAUUAAAAACAAAAAUGGAAUCACCCCGAGAUAAUGACGUCAAAGCCAAGCGUAUCCGUUGCAACCCAACCCGUAGAUGGGCGGCAGCAGAAGAGAAGUCUCUAAUUGAGUUUCUGUUGGAAAAUCGGCAACUUGAGAAGCCGUCCGCUCAAGCUUACUAUAAGCAGUUCUGCAUGGCAAAAAAUCUAACCAUGGAGUGGAAGCUUGUGCGUUCUAAAGUGCGGAACAUGAGAGUGAGCUACAACAAAGCGAAGACAUGGGAAGGCUCGACGGGAGCAGGUAGCAUGGGUGGCGAAACUAUUAAAAGUACUCUACUAAAAAUGUGCAUUUUUUUUUACGAGCUCGAAGACAUUUUUGGGAGCAGAGUUAGUGAAUGUGCCGCACCGAAGAUACGAUGA